AUGGCGUCUCCACAAGACAACACGCCGUCCGGGGCGACCCCAAAACCACCGACGUCCGAAGAGACCCCGGACCAGGUGAAGCUGCGAAUCAACGGCGGCGAGCGGCUCAACAUCCGCAAGAACAACCCGGCCGAGACGGGGUUCGAUCCGGCGACGAGCAAGUGGAUCAAUUACUUCAAGGUGCUGACGGGCAGCAUGACCAAGGAGGGCCAGUUCCACUACCGCGAGCACCUGUACCGGACCAACGAGGAGCGCGACAUCAAGCGGUGCGAGGAGCAGCGUGACUGGCUGUUCCGCUACUCGCCCGUCGUGCGCUACAUGCGCGACCAGAUCCGGCUGCUGGGCGGCGAGCUCGACGCCGACAAUGUCGUCUGUCGCAGGUGCCCCUCGAGGCUGACCGAGGACGGGAGGAUACUGGGUCAGGCAGGCGGCUUCAGUCCGCAGCACGGCAUCCUGGUCUGCGCCAACUCGAUACGGGACCGGAAGCACCUAGAGGACACGUUGGCACACGAGAUGGUGCACGCCUACGACCACUUGAGGUGGCAUGUGGACUUUAUUGGGGAGAAGGAUCUGAGGCACGCUGCAUGCACAGAGAUUCGUGCGUCAAUGUUGAGUGGAGAGUGCAGGUGGACAAGAGAGGCGUUUAACAGAGGCAACUGGACAGUGACACAACAGUUCCAGAACUGCGUACGCUCCCGAGCUAUCAUGUCGGUAAGGGCGCGUGCCCGGUGCAGGGACACGGAGCAUGCCACCAAGGUUGUCAACCAAGUGUGGGACUCUUGUUUCUCAGAUACCAGGCCAUUUGAUGAGAUAUACAAAUGA